CAAUACUGAACGGGGUUUACGAUACUUUGGCAGAUUCGUCUGACAUCACGCUGUUGAGCAGAAGCAUCUCCAUUUCCUACAGCUAAAUCAGGUGAAAGAUUACCAUGGGAAAGAAAAGUAAGAAGCAGAAGGAUAGUGGAAAACGUGCAGCGGCAUCUGUAGAGGGAAAAGAGUUGUCCAAGCAACAGAAGAAGCAGCUGAUGGAGCUGGUGACCCAGUUGUUACAAACAUGUAUGGUUAUUCCUGACGGUCCCAAGGAAUAUGAAUAUUUUGUGGAGCUACACAGCAUUGUUGGGAAAAUCCGGGCUCUUCAGGACGGCCUAAGCUGUCCACCACUUGACAGAGAGAAAGCUAUCCCAGAAUUCCUGGAGUGGGUGAGGAAGCAUGGAGUAGACACAAGCGCGGUGGAGAUCACCAGUUUCCCUGACUGUGGGUAUGGACUGCAGGCCACCAAAGAUCUCAAAGAGACUGACCCAUUCCUGACAAUACCAAGGAAGGUCAUGAUGACAACAGGGACAGCCAAAGAAUCACUGCUAGGACCCCUGAUAGAGGAGGACCAGAUCCUACAAGCCAUGCCUAGCGUGGUUCUUGCUCUCCACGUCCUCUGUGAGAGACGACAGCCCGACUCCUUCUGGGAACCAUACAUUAAUGUCCUUCCUAACGAGUACACGACCCCUUUGUACUUCUCUCCAGAGGAGUUGCUUCAGCUCAAAGGUUCCCCUGCCCAAAGUGAUUGCAUUAAGCAGUACCGGAACAUUGCCCGGCAGUAUGCCUGCUUCUACAGAGUCUUUCAGACCAGCCAGAAUGCUGAAAAAUUACCAAUCAAGGACUGCUUUACUUUUGAUGAUUACAGAUGGGCAGUCUCUACGGUUAUGACAAGACAGAACCAAAUUCCAACACCAGAUGGCAGCAAGAUCACGUUUGCUCUCAUCCCGAUGUGGGACAUGUGCAAUCACUGUAACGGAACGAUCACCACUGAUUAUAAUUUGGAAAAGGACUGUAGUGAGUGUUUUGCUCUGAGGAAUUUCCAGGCAAAAGAGCAGAUAUUUAUUUUUUAUGGUGCACGGUCAAAUGCAGAACUUUUAAUCCAUAAUGGGUUUGUUUAUCCUGAAAAUGAGCUUGACAGAAUUGCUAUUCGAUUAGGCAUUAGUAAAGGUGAUCCACUUUAUGAACAGAAAAACGAGCUGCUGAAGAAGCUAGGAUUGUCUGUGUUGAGGAAUUUUUAUAUACACACUGGAAUGAUUCCUGUUGACCCCCAACUAAUGGCAUUUCUUCGAGUGUUCUGUAUGUCUGAAGAAAAUCUCAAAGAGUUGAACUCCAAGGAGUUGUCAGAGGCAGACGCAGAUCGACUGGGCGACAUUGACGUUCCUGUGUCGGAGGAGAACCAGGAAAAGGCAUGGGCAUUCCUACAAACCAGGACCGCCCUCUUACUGCGGGCCUACGAAACAUCUGAGGAGGAGGAUAUUGAACUGCUGAAAAAGGAGGAUAUGAAUAUUCAUGAGAGACUUGCUGUGCAAUUAAGAAUGUGUGAAAAACGAAUCUUAAAAGCAACACAAACUUAUGCUGGGGAGCGAAAAGCAUCUGUCAAGGGAGAUAAAUCUGAAACAGCAGCUGCAUAGUGUUGAAAAAUGUAUUGAAACCAUGAAAGUGGCAUUUUAAAUCUUUUCAUACCUUUUUGCAAUGUCCCCUUCUUUAUUGAGAAAGAUAAUUUUAUAUCCUUGUAAAUCCAAUUAUGAUAUUGUGCUUGUUUAUGGAAGUCAAGGCUAAACAGGCACUGAUGAGUCCAAGCCUUGAGGAGUUGAGGUAUUUGGUUAUGGCAAUGCACUGAAAGAAUCUGUACCUGGGGUCAAUUUGUUAUGAUUAUUUUUUAUAAUUUGAUGAAGAUGAUGACAAUAUUUUAAAAUAUAUUUAUUUAGCUUUCUUAAAAAUUUCGAUGAUGCACCAAGAGAAGAUAACUCUUGGAAAGAUUCAGGCUUACUGAAUGUACGGAAGAUGCAAUAAUGAAGCCCUCUCCCAAUUUUGGGGGUGGGAAAAGGGAACUCUUCAAAGAACAUCAGAUAAACAACAAUUGAAGAGGGCUACAUUCUUGCUGUUUAACUGAAAGUUUUGAGUCUUUAGUGUAUUUUUGUUACACAAGAAUGUGUGAGUGAAUCUUUGUGGAUAUCAAUAAAUCAUGUUAAUGCC